AUGGGUGGAGUGGAGAUAUCUAACAUGCAAAAAGGGACUCAAUCAAGAGUAGAUCGUAAUGGACGAGGUCAAUCGAGAGGGACACCUCCAAGUGGUCAAUCUGUGGCUCCCCAAGUCGUUUGUGGUUAUUGUGGCAAGCUCAACCAUACGGAGAAUGAUUGUUUUAGGAAACAAGGGAAGUGCUUGUAUUGUGGUAGUACCGAGCACCAGAUAUCAAAAUGCCCGACCGUACCAAAAGAAGGAGGUAAUACCCAAAGGCCUGAAAAGUCAGCCGCUAAGCAGCCUAGUGUUGGAGGAAGUCGAUCUAAUGCACCAGCUAGGGUUUAUGCAUUAGAUUAUCAACAUGUUUCCGAUUCUACUAAAGUCAUUAGAGCCCAAAUCUCUACGUUUACUGAAGUCUUAGAAAAAGCACAGAGAGUCGAGAGUGCAAGGCUGCAAGUUAGAGACUUUCAUGCUAAGAAGAGGGGCACUUCUAGUAACCAUUCGGGACAGGCAGAUAAGAGUGCCCCACCUUUUAAAAAGGGAAAAGGGAUGGGUGGAGUGGAGAUAUCUAACAUGCAAAAAGGGACUCAAUCAAGAGUAGAUCGUAAUGGACGAGGUCAAUCGAGAGGGACACCUCCAAGUGGUCAAUCUGUGGCUCCCCAAGUCGUUUGUGGUUAUUGUGGCAAGCUCAACCAUACGGAGAAUGAUUGUUUUAGGAAAGAAGGGAAGUGCUUGUAUUGUGGUAGUACCGAGCACCAGAUAUCAAAAUGCCCGACCGUACCAAAAGAAGGAGGUAGUACCCAAAGGCCUGAAAAGUCAGCCGCUAAGCAGCCUAGUGUUGGAGGAAGUCGAUCUAAUGCACCAGCUAGGGUUUAUGCAUUAGAUUAUCAACAUGUUUCCGAUUCUACUAAAGUCAUUAGAGGUAUGAUUCCUCCUUCUAUUUGUCUAUCUAAGGUUCUCAGUGACCUAGUGCCGUACACACUUUUUGCAAAACCCUAA